AUGAUAGUUGGUCAUGAAGCUUUAAAUCCCAUCCACCCUACAAUGGUGGAUAAGAUGGAUCCUGCUUUCACCAAAUUGUACAACGAACAUGUUGCUUACACCCCAAACAAGCCGAUUGACCUCCCAGUACUAAGGAAGAACUACUCAAAGAUUUAUUCUUACGGUACCGCACCUGUACCUACAAUCAAUUAUAUCAAAGAUAUCAGCUUUCCAUCAUUUGAUGGAAAAAAAGUUAUCUUGAGGGUAUAUAGACCAAAUGGAUCUACCGAAGAUGAGAAAUUGCCUGUUCAUAUCGAUUUUCACGGUGGUGGCUGGGGACUGGGAGAUUUAGAAACGGAAUCCCACAUCCUUAAACACUAUGUCAAUCUUGCCAAGGUAGCAGUUGUUGAUGUUGAGUAUCGCCUAGUUCCUGAAUAUCCUUAUCCAACGGGACUUUUGGAUUGCUUUGAAGCUACUAAGUUUGUUCAUGAUAAUGCAAAAACUCUCGGAAUAGAUGCUACCAAAAUCUCCAUUGGCGGGGUAUCAGCUGGUGGAAAUAUCUGCCUUGCAGUUUCUCAUUUAUGUCGAGAUGCAGCCAUUAAGAUAAAUCUUUGCGUUGCAGGAACACCUCAGGUUGAUGAUAUUGAAUUUUAUGACACUGCUGCGGACUCUCCCUAUAAAUCGGUUCAGGAAUGUGAAUUCGCUCCAACACUUAACUGGACAAGGCUAAAAUGGUUUGACAAAUUGAAGUGGGAAUCGUUAUCCAAUUCUCCAGAAGAAAAAAGCGCCCAGCUUGAAAAGAUCGGAUGGUUUAAAAGUAUAAUGACAGCUCCAGAUUUUAAUAAUUUGCCUAAGACUGUCGUUUUCACGGCGGGAUGUGAUCCCAUGAGAGAUGAAGGAGAGGCAUAUGCUCAAAAACUAAUUGCUCAUGGAAACGAAGUUGUCUUCAAAAGAUUUGAAGGGGUUCCUCAUCCUUUCAUGCAUAUGGACAAAGAUCUGUGGCAAGCUAAGGAGUUUAUCAGGUUGACUGCGUGGGAGAUAGCGGUGGCCCAUGGUACAGUAAACGUAUUUUAA